UAUAUGAAUGAAGAAUAGCAGGUGCACAUUUAUUAGAACACAGAAAUCUGUCAUAACACAGAGUUCUAUUAGAACACAGUUGUGUCACAGCUCAGUGAGUUCUACUAGAACACAGAGAGGUUUUCUGUAGACACAAGUUUCAGUUUAGUUUUAUUCGCCGUAGUGAACAGACGUAUCUGUGUGAUUAUCUGUACUGAACUAUUGAUAUUUUAUCACGAGAAGAAAACGCACUGACUCAACCUGAAGACAGAGAGUUCGAUAAGAAGAGAGAGAAACACAAGAGCAGAAGAGACAAAGCUCGACUGAAGAUGUCUGCAGACAGACAGAGCACAACUCCAUCUGAGCAUCUUGAGGAUGUUCUGCAGGAUGAAGACGUCAGCUUCUGCCGCACCUCUCCAGCCAUGUCUGAGGAGAGCAUCAUGACAUACGCCACUUGGUGCUCCAUCGCCGACUCAGACAUCUCUGAGAUGAAUACACCUCGUGCUCAGGAUCUCAAUGAGGUUAUCAGAGGUGUAUGUCAAAACUUUGUGGAUCCUGAGUACCCAGAGGAAGAGGAGGAGUAUUUUGGAGACAGAGAGGAACUCCUCACCACUGAGACCGGAUUCUCCUCCAGAUUUUCCAUCAGGUCAGAGGAGAGCGAGAGACCAUCUUCCUCCGCUUCCUCUUUCUCCACCACCACAGCAAUUACUGAGGCAACCCAAAUGCUCGGCAGGAGGCUGUCAGGAUCCUGCAGUCCACUGACUCUGCCAGCAAACCCAAGAAACCAGCUGUCAUUCUUCAAAAAGCUGAAGUCAACAUGGAAGAGCAACUCUAUCGGGAAGGAGACCGAGAUGCUCAAAAAGGUUUCUUCUUCCAAAGCUUCCUCCAGACUGGAGAUGACCUCCACCCCUCUGGAGAUCAUUGAAGAAGAAGACACAGCAGAGAAAGACUCCACCAGCCCAUCUCCAUCACCCAGUCAGGUGGAUGAGGCUUCAACAGAUUUCCAAGACGAGGAAAGAAAUGAGGUCCUGAUGACUGCUGCCAACACUGAGGGGGAAGUGUCUACCCCUGACCCAGUGGACAGCUCCUCUCAGGCCCUAGAGAAAACCCCCAGUCUGAGCUCUCCAUCAGAGAAAGAUGGACCAGGACCCUCAGAAGAGGACGGACAUUCUGCAUGUUCCCAGGACCAAAAGGGAGAAGCAGCAGAACCACAGCUUGUCCUGAAUUCUUCCACCAUCUCUCCCAUAAUAAGGAGAUUCUUCGAAAGCCUCACCGAAGAGCAGUGGAGAGAGGUAAAUGAAGGAAUUUACAACCAAGCUGUGAAGGAGAAACUCAUCAACAUGUGCACAGAUGUGCUGAAGUUCGUCACAGACUUGGUCAUUAGAAAGGUCUUACAGUCCAUCCGCCAGCCCUCCGUCACAUCUGGCGCCUUCAACCUGAUCAGACCCAGGUCCUUAGAGCACCUGAAGGAGUUUUUGGACAACAUCCACAACGGUGUGCAAAUCAUUUUGAGCCAGGCUAUCUGCGAUACCAUCGGUGCAGACAUCCCUGUGAGGAUUCCAACCGACUUCACGGCAGCCGUGAUGACUGAGGUCGUCUCUGUCCUCUCAGUAGCUAGACAAGCCCCAUUGGAUGGACGAUCCUCCAGUGCUGUUGCUCCUGCCCGCUGCCAGGUGCCAAAAGACAGAGCAGCAGAGAAGACCCUGGCAUUUUGGCUUUCAGUGAUGAAAUCCUUCCUCACAGGAAAAGCCACUGUAGUGAAGAGAAGGAUUAUGACACAAAAAGAAAAUGACAACAAAGAAGAGACACCGGCAAAAGGACAUGACACCAGAAAGAAGUCACUGUGGAAGAGGUUUUUCAGUGCAAGGCAGAAGAUAAAGAUCCAGCCUCUCCUACUGGAACAGGACUCCACCACCUCCUCCAGUGUCUUCCUGAAAACAGACCUGAAGUCCUCUCCUCUGGUAUUGGAAGAUUACAUGGAAGAUGAGGACACGACACCAAACUCCCCUCUGUCCUCCAUCAGCCCGAUCCCACCAGAUCAUCAGGAGUUUGACUUCAUCCUGAAGGACCCAGCCCUGGUUGAAGCAACAGCAGAUGAGCUACAUGAAGACAUGAGCCAGUCCUCUCAGUCUCAGCCAAGAGACUCCGUCAGAGAGGCCGAGGAGAAGACGAGAAACAGCUUUUGCAGCUUCCUCCAUAAAAUCUUCUCAAAGGAUGAGAACAAAAAGGAGACCGAGAAGGAGGAGAAGAAGACUCAGCGCAAAUGUUUUCCUCUGUGGAAAAGACUGUUUUUCUGCCGUCCAUGCAGCUGUUGCUUCGACCAAUAACUUGACCAGGACCUCCAUCUAUCUCUCCCCCAUUUCUUUUCUCUUUAUCCCCUCUCCCCCAAUCUCUCCUUUCUUCCCUUCUCUUCACC